CUCCAUUUUAUCUUCUCCCUCCCACUCUCGGUGUUCCUCAGCGGCUUAAUGCCGUACUACCAACAAUGUCAAGAGGAACGGAGCGUCUGGUGAAGAGUGUGAAGCAAUUCACAGACAAACAGUACAAGAAUUUCACUUCUCAGUAUGGGCAGCAAGUGAUUGACAUUUUCGAAUUCCCAAUCAAAGUAGUUUUGCUUCCCUUCACUCUUGCUUUUGACAUUGCCGGCUCCGCUCCUCGCGGCUUUGGUGUUCCUCAACUCAUUUCCAAGCUCUCUUAUCUCUCUGUCUUUGCUGUAGCUACUCUUGGGACCUAUGAUAUUGCUUUCGAACUUGGAAAGAAGGUGAUAUGUCAAAGGAAUUGUCGUACUUGUAGCGGAUGGCAGGCAUUGCGGUGUACUAUGUGCAGAGGAUCAGGGAAGGUGCAGUACCAAGUGAAAAAUUACACCUUGCAGAGUGGAGAGAAGGCAACAGCUGAAUGUGUUGCUGAAGCUAUUACCAACAAUCGGGCCGAGCUAGUGCACCUUCCAUCCAGUAUAGAUAUAAGCAUGCCUUUGCCAUCUAAAGACUGUCCAACCUGCGAUGGAACGGGUGUGAUGGGCUGUCAUGAAUGCAAAGACAAAUUACCAUUCAGGAUCUCUGCAGAUGAUAUCAUGGAACCUCCAUGGAAAGCUUAUAAUGUCUUGAAAAAGAUGGACUAUCCAUAUGAGCACAUAGUUGACAGCAUGAAAGAUCCAAGCAUUGCUGCAUUUUGGUUGUUUUCCUUGCCCCAAAUUAUGGGUGGGUUUGACUAUGAUGAUGAUAUCAAGCAAAAGAUUUGGUGGCAAUACAAGGAAUCAACGCGAUAUGAUCAACUUCGAGAUGUGGUAGCAAAACGUAAACCUGGAUGGGAGUACUUGCAGGAAGCUUUAAUCUCCAUAGAUCCUGCCCGUGCGAGGGAAGACCCUGUCAUUGUAAAAAAUAUCCCAUACUACAAGGCUAAAAAGGCACUGGAGGCAGAGGUCAUGACAUUUAACCCUCCACCACGGCCACAAAAUUGGGGUGAUCUGGAGCUUCCAUUGAGUGCCUCAUCCUGGAGUGAGGAAGAUCUAAAAAAUCCAGAUAAAUUCUAUGAGAUGACAGUCCUUUUGAAUGCUCAAAGAGAAAUUGCUGAAAAAAUUAUGGAUGCACAAUGGGAAACCAAGUGGCGCCAUGAAAAGUUGAAUGAGCUUUUAGAGGAGAAGGUGCAGCCAUACAUUCGGAAGAGCGACAAUGGAGUUCUUUCCCGGCCUAUCAUAAUACAAUCAGAGAAUAAGGACAAAAAGAGGAGUCAGAGAAGGAGAUGGUGGUUCUUCUGAGGCUUUAUCUAUUGAUCUUGCGUUACGAAGCUUUGGCUUUCGUUGCGUUUGCAUGAUCUCUUAAGGCCGCUGCAAGUUCAUGUAUUUUUGCUAGCAAUGCUGUAAUACCUUUUUUGAUGCUCAUGAUGAAUUUUUGGUUCUGCUAGAAUACCCAUUUCAAAUGCCUCUAGUUUCUUCCCUAA